AUGCUUGAUAUCAAUUUUUCACUACCUUACUGGCUCUCCGUCUAUUUUCACAUUAUUGGCUCAAUUUCGUUGAUUGCGGACAUAUUUUCGAUCUACUUGAUAUUGUUUAAAAGCGAAAAAAUCGAUAAUUUUCGCUAUUUUUUGCUGAAUUUUCGGAUCUCUUGCAUCUUGACCGAUUUCCACCUCACUUUCCUCAUCCAGCCAGUACCAUUCUACCCAAUCCUAGCAGGGUCUAUAAUGGGCUUCGGGAUCCGACUCGGCGCAACUCUGCACUUCGGAAUUACUGGAUUCGCAUUUUUACUCACCUAUCAAAUUGGCAGCAUGAUUAUUUGUUUUGUCAGAAAGCAUCAAACUAUUGCGAAAACUUUGCAACAGUACAGAAUUCCCAGAUGGGGACUUAUACUGAUGAUGACAUAUUUUUUGACCUUCACCAUGGGGGUUACAGGAUUUUUGUCCGUAUUAUCUGUGCCGGAGGAUCUGAAGUUUGAUUUUGUGGAAAUGAACUACCCCGACCUCUUACCCCAAUUCCAGAAGCUCCCAAACUUUUCAAUCUAUGAAUUCUCUUCAAAGUUUCUGGCGUUAAUAAUUUUCUCAAUUCUUGGAGGAUUUUUAUCUUUUACUGUGUUUAUCCUAGUACUUGUCAAUAUCCUCCGUAUGCUGACAAUUCUCAAGCUCAAAAUCUCAAGCUCAAACUACCAAAAGCACCGGGCCGCAAUCCGAAGUCUGUCGGCUCAGUUCGUCACGUCAGCGGUGAUCUUUGUGCCGCCCAUAGUGUGCGUCGUUGUGAUAAUGGUCGGAUUGAAUGGCUCACAGUUAAUAGUAGAAGUGUUCCUAAUGGUCGCUUGCCUCCACUCCACGUUAAAUGUUAUAGUUCUAAUUGUCACUUGUCCUCCGUAUCGAAGAUUUUUGAUUCAGCUGGUUCAGCGGAAAAACUCACCAAAGUCCAAAGGAGCACGUUCAGUUCUUGUGAGAAACUCCGCAAUUGCUAUUUCAAACUUUAAUAAAUAA